AUGGCUUCAUAUGUGACAUUCCUGUUCAACCCAACCCUACCAGACCACUGCGCGCCAACCAAUCCCUUCCUCGUCGACGUCUCCUCGUACUUUGGGACAUGCAUACCUACGCCUCUAGCUGCCCUGUCCUGUCUCCUGGGCACACUAUCAAUCAUAUCAUGGUUGUUUGCACAGAUGCCACAAAUAUUCAAGAACUAUCACCUCAAGUCAACGGCGGGGUUAUCAAUAUUCUUCCUAGCAGAGUGGUUAUUGGGUGAUUUGACGAACCUUCUAGGCGCCCUCUUCACGAGGCAGGCUGCAUGGCAGGUCGUCAUCGCAAGCUACUACGUUUUUGUGGACGUGUGCCUCGUUCUGCAGUACUUCUGGUACACGUAUGCUGCGAAGUGGGUGUAUGCGGAGAGUUUGCAUUCUGAUGCAGGCAGUGAAUUUGACGAUGCGGACAGCGAGAUCAUCAACGGGCUCUCGCCCAUAAACACGAAUUUUGCCAUCCAAGACGCAUCCGCACAGGAAUCAGAGGAGAAUAAUCAGAAGUCCGCUCAGCCAACCCAGAUCGAAGUCCCGCAUUUCUCGAGAGUACACUACGGGGAGAAGACUGGAGUCCACCGAGAAGAAGUGCAUGUCGACGAGGCAUCUGGUAGCUGGAUGCCUUCGCCAUCCCCUCGCACAUUUCUAUAUGCAGCAACCUUGUCUUCUCUUGCGUCCAAUGCCGCCGCUGCUCCAAUACCCUUUCCAGAACUCCACCGCCAGCAUGGGCUUCAUCUCUUUCGCAUUGAGACGCCUCUCGAAGUUGCCGGAACGAUCUUGUCGUGGUGCUCUACGAUACUCUACCUAGGUUCCAGGUUGCCUCAGCUGUACAAGAAUUGGAAAUUACAGUCCACCGCAGGCCUCUCGCCACUGUUGUUCUUUGCGGCAUUCUGUGGGAAUUUCUUCUACUCGACUUCUCUUCUCACCAAUCCAAAUGCGUGGAGUGACUAUGGUCCCCAUGGCCACUAUGGAUGGGUGGAUGCUGAAGGCUCUCAAAGAUGGGCAUGGGUGGCUAGAGCGGCUCCUUUUUUCCUUGGCUCAGCAGGUUGCCUGAGCAUGGACGCUAUGAUGGGAGUUCAGUUUUGGAUGUACGGAGAGGAGGAGGAACAUCUGGUCAAAGUCAGAGAUCGCUACGGGGGCCAUUGGGAGAGAGUCAAUGGCUGGAUGCGUGGAUGGAUACCAAGUAUGGCUGGGAAAGAUCGAGUUGUGGACCUGGCGGAGAGCCAAAGGUUGCUGAGCGAAAGUGGACAUUUGGGAUUGAGCAGGAGAAGGAGUAGCCAUGUUGAUUAUGGCGCAGUUGGUGGUCAUGAGUAA